AUGGAUUUAACUGAUCAGCAAGUGAAAGAGCGUUAUGCCUCUCUUACCUUUAAGGCACUUGAUAAAUUUUCAGACCAUUUUUGGCAGGAUAAGAAAAACCAACUUGCGAUGAAUGCUCUCAUGAACAAUGAUCCUACUCAAGUUUUAGUUAAUCCUCAGUCAACUAUUUAUAACCGUCAUGUCUUUAAUGUCAAACUCGACCUUGAAGGUGCUGCUACGAAUCAAAAGCAAAGUGGACGUUGUUGGAUAUUUGCUGGCACAAAUGUUCUCCGCUUGGCCGUGAUUCGUAAAUACAAGUUGAACGAUGACUUUGAAUUAAGUCAAAAUUUCCUUUUUUUCUAUGAUAAACUUGAAAAGGCAAAUUGGUUUCUCGAAAAUAUGAUUGAUUUAGCUGAUGAAGAUAUUAAUGAUCGUGUUGUUCAGUAUCUUUUGACUUCCCCGGUUGGAGAUGGUGGACAAUGGCAAAUGUUUAUCAAUUUAGUUGAAAAGUAUGGUGUUGUCCCCAAGAGUGUCUAUCCAGAGACAGUAGCCUCUUCCUCGUCUUCAAAAUUAAAUUGGUUAGUCACUGUAAAAUUGAGAGAAUUUGCUGCUCAAAUUCGUAAAGCAGUCGCAGAUGGUCUCUCUACUAACUCUAUUCGUGUCAUCAAAGAAGAAAUGAUGCAAGAUAUUUACCGUAUCAUGGUCAUCUAUUUAGGUGAACCUCCCCAUGAUUUUAACUGGGAGGCUGUAGAUAAAAAUGGCAAAUGCAUUUCUUUAACUUGCAUGACACCAAAGAAAUUUAUGAAAGAAGUUGUAGACUAUCCUAUUUCUGAAACAAUGUCCUUGAUUAAUGAUCCUCGUAAUGCUUAUUCUCGUGUAUAUACAGUUGCUCGUCUUGGUAACGUUGUUGAUGGUGGUGAAAUUAAAUAUGUGAAUACUACGAUCAAUAUAAUGAAGAAACUUGCGAUUGAUGUACUUAAAUCAGGAAACCCCGUUUGGUUUGGAUGUGAUGUUGGACAAUUCAGUAAUAGAAAUGUUGGAUCAAUGGAUACUAGAGUAUUUGAUUAUAAGCUUGCAUUUAAUGUUGAUUUUAAUUUGACUAAAGCUCAACGUUUGUUAUAUGGAGAAAGUGCCAUGACUCAUGCUAUGGUAUUCACUGGAGUUCAUCUGGAUAGCGACAAUAAUCCAGUUCGUUGGAGAGUUGAAAAUAGUUGGUCAGAGUCCUCGGGUGAGAAAGGCUUUUGGAUCAUGACAGAUGAAUGGUUCUCUGAAUUUGUAUAUCAAAUUGUACUUGAAAAGCGUGUCGUUCCCAAAAAGCUUGUUGACUUGUUGGAUGAAAGACCUAUUGUUUUACCUGCUUAUGAUCCAAUGGGAGCAUUAGCAUGUCCUAAAUAA